AUGUUAACUAUUACUAUUCAACGUGCUUUGAGAACAAAUUUAUUUAGAGCAGUUGCCUCGCAAACCCCUCGUCCAUCUUCGGCUUUUCGAACUUUUUCAGUUCUAGGACCUCGUUAUGGAGAAUUGGAUAAAGAUUUUUUUGGACCUGGUGCAAAACCUGGUACUGUGCCCACCGACUUAGAACAAGCGACUGGUCCUGAACGUGCUGAAUUAUUAGCCAAUUUAGAAGGCAAAAGUUUAUGGGAUAUGAAACCUUUGGAACUUACGCACAUGGGAACUAAAAAAGAUCCAAUCAUAGUUAAAAGCGUGGAUCCUGAACGUUAUGUAGGUUGUACUGGAUAUCCUGUCGAUUCACAUGAAAUGAUUUGGUUAGUUGUAGAUAAAAAUCAUGAAUUUGAUCGUUGUCCAGAAUGUGGUCAAGUUUAUAAGUUAAACUUUGUUGGUACCGAAUCUCAUGGUCACGGUCAUCAUUAA